GGAUUACACCAAGUCUUUUUGAGCAAUUCAAGCCUCAAGACCAGGUUGUUGAUGAAUAUACAUUUACUAAAUUUUUGGGCCAUGAUGAAGCCAAAAGACAACUUCAUGAUCAUUGGUCAUCUUGGGUAACAGAACAUGAUAUAAAAAAGCUUGCAUCAUACGGAUUAAAUCAUCUCAGAAUACCUGUUGGUUAUUGGUCUUUUGAUAAAAAGCCAACCGAAAUACAUUAUGGAUGGUUUUCAUUAUUUAUUGAAAGCAAUUAG